CCAUUGACAUGAAAAUGAGUGUAUCGGACCGAAGCACAACUCUGUCUCUGCUUACACAAUCUGUAAUUGCAACGCAUCGGCUGAAGUUCUUCUAGAAUACAAAAUGAGCAAUCCAAGGAAAUGCUGAGAGGAAACGGCUGAAAGUGAAACCAUGUCUAAUAUUAAGGAGAGGUCAGCAGCUGCUGUGAUAGGGUGUCUUUGUGGCGAUGCCGCAGCUCAACCUAUUCAUUGGAUAUACAACCUGGGCAAAUUACAGGCCAUUCUGUCAGCUCUUGAAUAUCCAGAAUUUCGCUUCCCCUCGGCGAAUCCCUACUACCGCAUCGACACUGGCAAGAAUACAUGUUAUGGAGACCAGGCCAUGGCUCUUCUUGAAUCGCUCGUGAGAUGUAAAGGUCUCGACGUAAAAGAUUAUGCUACGACUCAGUAUCGCUACUUUGGUCCCGAAUCUGAGUACGAAAACAAACUGAAUGCAGCGUUUGUGAUCAAAUCUGGCGUCCAGAAAAACUUUCCCAUCCACGGACCAUGGAGAGACAAAGUCCUCAAAGAUUUCCUCGUCAAAUAUGCAACAAAGGAAGAGGAAACAGGUAGCGAUGAUAUGACUGACAUGCAUGCUGUCAUCCAGGUCGUUCCCGUCGUUGCACUCUACGCUGGCCAGCCGGAGAUGCUAGAGAAGGUGGAAGAAGCCGUCUCGGUCACCAUGACAGCAGAUGAAGCCAUCGUUCACAGCCUGGCUGCCGCUAGGAUUUUGGAAUACUUUAUCUUGAACGGAAGCAAUGGCAAUGUCCUUGAUGAUGUCAUCAAGGAGCUUAGAGAUCCCAACAGGACAAGCCCACAUUCUUUGGACAAGGCCGUCAUAGGAUUCCUGGAGAAAGUCAAGAGGAACCGUACUGUUCCACACUUCAAUGCAGCCACCAAAGUCUUCAAAAAUAACUGAUAUUUGCCCGGGGCGUUUCAGUCCGCCCUACAUGCCCUGUUUAACAGCACCGACUACGCUGAGGGAAUCCGACUGACCUUGAAGGCUGGGGG